CCGCUUCCUGUCCGUAGAUCGCAGUGGCCUCGCUCACGGUGCCGCCGCUUCGUGUGUUUGUUUAUUUCAGGAUUAUUUGACCUAAAAACGGGAGAAAUGUCGGGGAUCGACGCCCUCAACAUGAAGCUGCCCGCCAUCCAGUCCACGGCGGGAGCGGUGCCCGUGAGGAACGAGAAAGGGGAGCUCUCCAUGGAGAAGGUGAAGGUGAAGCGUUACAUCUCGGGCAAACGCCCCGACUACGCCCCGAUGGAGUCGUCCGACGAAGAGGACGAAGAGUUUCAGUUUGUGAAGAAAUCCAGAGAACAAGAAACGGAGACGGAAGAAACUGAGACGGAAGUGUCCGACCCGAGGCUCAAGAGACUCAUGAACCGCAGCAGCGAGGGCCACGAGGAGAGGUACCAGAGGCACCGGGCCAUCGUGGAGCCGGAGGUGGUGGCUGAGAGCAGCGAGGAGUCGGAGGAGGAGGAGCCGGUUCAGUUGAGAGCUCGUGUGCGAGAGCGAGAGGAGAGCAGCGAGGAAGAGGAGGAGGAAGAAGAGCUGGACGAAGAGGAGAUCGAGCGGCGGCGGUCGAUGAUGCGUCAGCGAGCUCUGGACAGGAAGCUGGAGGAACAGGAAGUGAUGGAGGUGCAGGAGGAGGGGAAAUCCGACCAAUCAGAGUCCGAGUCCGAGUACGAGGAGUACACCGACUCAGAGGACGAAGCCGAACCGCGACUCAAGCCCGUCUUCAUCAGGAAGAAAGACCGUGUGACUGUGGCCGAGCGCGAGAUGGAGGAACAGCGCCAGAAAGAGGCGGAGCAGGAGCAGCGGCGCCUGGCGGAGGAGAGGAGGAGAUAUUCUCUGAAGCUGGUGGAGGACGAAGCCAAACGAGAGUUUGAGGAGAACAGGAGGAACGUGGCGGCGCUGGAGGCUCUGGACACCGACCCCGAGAACGAAGAAGACGAGUACGAAGCCUGGAAACUCCGGGAGCUCAAGAGGAUCAAGAGAGACCGCGAGACCCGAGAGCAGAUGGAGCGGGAGAAGGCGGAGGUGGAGAGGUUCCAUAACCUGACGGAGGAGGAGAGACGAGCCGAACUCAGAGUCCAGGGAAAAACCGUCACCAACAAAGCUCCAAAAGGAAAGUCCAAGUUCCUCCAGAAGUACUACCACCGAGGAGCCUUCUACAUGGACGAAGAGGACGAGGUUUAUAAACGAGACUUUAACGCUCCAACUCUGGAGGAUCAUUUUGACAAGACCGUCCUGCCCAAAGUCAUGCAGGUGAAGAACUUUGGCCGCUCAGGUCGUACUAAAUACACUCACCUGGUGGAUCAGGACACGACGUCGUUUAACUCGGCCUGGUCCCAGCAGAGUCUCCAGAGCAUCAAGUUCCUCAAACAGAAAACUCCAGGAGGAAAAGACAAAGAGCUGUUCGACCGUCCGUCCGUGAGCAAGAGGAAGACCUAGACCGGGACCCGAGACUAAGACCAGGACCAGAGACCAGAGACCAGAGCUGAUCGACCAGCCGUCUGUGAGCAAGAGGAAGACCUACACUGAGACCUAAACUGAGACCAGGACUUAGACCAAAGCAUCAGAUGCCCUCCCAGAUAAAGUCCUUCAGGUCGUGGGCUGGAGCCGAGCGCUUUGACUCGGACUAACCUGUAAAUAAAAGGAUAAAAUUCUGUCUCUGUAAAAAGUUUCAUAAAAUGUUAAUUUGUAGAAUUUUGUGUUUGUGAAAAAUGUUUUUAAUUAAAAAACAUCUUGAUUAAACUCCAGAA